UACUACCGAAAGCCUAGAAAUACUUUAUUUUUUCUGAAUCGCUUUUUGAUUAAGUCGAUAAUCAUUAGUAGGUAUCAUACUAUCAUUACUCUGUGUGAACAGGUGUCUCUUCGAAGCGGAAGUCUUAACUGUUGUUUGUACUCUGAAUAUAAAUUAUCAUAAUGCUGUACUUGGAUGAUUUUCUUGAAAAACUUGAACUCUUGCCGCAAGAGAUAAUAAAUCAAACUUCUGAAAUUAGACAACUGGAUCAACAAGUAAAAGACUCUAUGGAUUGUGUAAAAAGGAAUGUAGAUAAUUUAUUUUCAAACGCUAAUACUAUGCAUCCAGAUGAUUUGUAUGCUGAUUUCAACACAGUUAUGAAAGUUGGUGACAAAGCUCUUAAGCAAUCUGAUGACAAAAUUCAAAUAGCCAAUAACAUGCAAAAAUUAGUGGGCAGAUACAUUAACCAUAUUGAUAUUGAGUUACAAAAAUUUAAAAGAGAUUUGGAUGUUGUGAAAAGUGGUACCACUGAACUGAUUGAAAAAAAGAUCGAAAAAGUAUUUAACAAUGGUAUCAGUUUCGAGGAACAAUUGACUGCUGAUUCACAUUUAUCUGGUACAGGUGGCUUAGAAUUACAAAUUGAUGCAGUUCCUACUAACUCUCAAAUGGAUCUAUAUCCAUUAUCAUACGCUUCAGAACAUAUUGGGGCUACUAGCUCUGAUAUUUCAGCAGCUGCAUCCAAAACUAAAGUUAACACUAAAAAGAAGAUUAAAGGUUGUAAGAGAGCCAAUUUAAAAGUAUCUACUGUAAGAAUCAAAUGUAAUAAAACAAGUUCUGUGUCGGUUGCAUUAUUGCCAGAACAGCCUAUCGAUAGACAAUUAUCGCAAUCGGGUGGUUCAAAUAAAAAUCAAACUAAAAAACGCACAAAAAAUGUUGAACCAGAAGAAACGAAGAGAAACGAUUUUAUUGAUAUUAUGACAACUGAUGAUGAUAAAAUUGAUGAAUACCAUAAUCUUCGUUAUUGUAUAUGCAAUGAAGUUGCAUAUGGUGAAAUGAUUGCUUGUGAUAAUAGAAAGUGUCCUCGUGAAUGGUUUCAUUAUAGUUGUGUUGGUAUUCAAUCUGCACCUACUGGAAAAUGGUAUUGUUUAGACUGUGCUUCCAAAAUGAAGAAAAGAAGACGAUGAAGAUGUUGUAUAACUACAUCAAUUGCCUUAUUGUUUUUUAUGAAAAAAGAAUAUUGCGAUAAUACAAGACUUUACCUGUGAACUCAUAGCAUAGUAGUUCAUGAGCUGAAAAAUUAUAACUAUUCAUUUUUCUUCGGAUAUUGAAAAAAAAACAAUUUCAGAAUUUAUCAUAGAAAUACUAGACAUAAGAAAAUAUUAUUGAUCAUCACUAAUACUUAAAGAGGAUUUAAGCAAAUAUUUGUUUACUCUCUCAGACCAAUACGCAAUAUACAUAAAAUCGGUUUAUCAUUUUUAAGUAAUCUUAGGGUAAAAUUACCUAUUACAAGAAUUGAGACUUUGACUUGAAAAAGAUACUAAGUCGUAAAAACCAAAUAUUACAAGAGAAGAAAAAACUUUUGUAGCAUAAGUAAACUAACAGUAGUGCUGUCUUGUGUUCAAAGUUUUACCUGGUUAUUGUCAUAUUUAAAUUUUUUUUACUUAUUACCUUUUCCAUGUUUACGCCUAAAUUAUAGAGGAUUUUUUUUCAAGAA